AUGAGCUACGACCGUCAGCGCACUUGGUUUUCUUUCGAAGGAAUCUUCUCAAAUCUUGCAGCCUUGCAGUCCUACAACUCUGCCGUCUUAGGAAUGCGUACUGCAACCUUUGCUAGAAACGAAGCAUGUCAGCAGUCAGUCACGAUAAAAAGGUUCUUUGAGCCGUUCGCAACUUCAAGCAUGGCUAGGAAUAUCUUCAGAGAGAUCAAGUUGUUGAGGUUUUUGAAACAUGAAAAUAUUUCUGAUAUAUACAGAUAUAUUGCUACAGAAUUAAUGGAGACAAAUCUUCAAACGCUUCUGGACACUAGGUUUAUCCAUGGCGAAUUUGUUCAGUUCUUCCUAUAUCAAAUAAUGCGUGGGCUCAAAUAUAUUCAUUCGGCGGGUAUAUUCCACUGUGACCUCAAGCCAAGCAACAUAUUGGUUGACAGAAACUGCGACCUCAAGAUAUGCAACAUUGUCUACGCAGAAUUAAAGCCUUGGACAGCGAACGACGUCUCCACCAAAUACUACAAGGCUCCAGAAGCCAUCAUUGAGCGGCAUAUUUGUGAUGAAUACAUAGAUAUCUGGGGUGCGGGUUGUAUCUUUGCGGAGUUACUGCACGGGAAGGUGCUUUUCCCGGGUCAAAACUCUAUCCACCAGCUUCAUGUCAUUACAAAGCCGCUGGGGACCCCGUCAGAGAUUGCCAUUAACAGUAUGUUCAGCAAAAAUUCCGGUCUCUUCCAAGGAGUCAAGGCCACCUGCUGUCCGAUAUCAUCACGAACGUUGAUCCAGAAGAAUAUUUACUUCUGUUCACGACGCACCUUGCUUACAACAGCAGCUAUCCACUUAUUAGAGAAGCUGCUUGUUUUUGACCCACAGGGGCGCGUGUCAGCAUGCGAAGCUCUAGCCUUCGCCUACCUAGCACCUUACCAUGACCUGACCGAUGAACCGGAGGCUGAACGGAAAUUUGAUUGGAAAUCAGGCAAAGAUGACGAUGUGGUUGAAGUUUGGAAGACGAAAUUGUAUGGCCGACGAAAUGGACGGAACGGACACACGCUGAAGUGCUCGAACAUCGUGAGAGAGCAGAGUUACAGCAAACUAUCGAGAAAUGGCUUCUUGAAGUGA